AUGUCUGUUCACGCGGAUCCUCCGCCGCCUAUCGUCUCGGAACCACAUGGCAUCAAUUAUGCCACCUCGAAUCAAUUGGGCAAGGGCGGCUUUGCCAUCUGCUUCAAGGCCGAACGUCUCGAGCGCGACCAAUCGACCGGCCAUCUGGUCGCUCUGAAGAUUGUCAAGUCGAGGAUGGAGCCCGCGAAACUAGCACAAAAGUUCAUUACCGAAUUGCAAAUCCAUUCCAAGCUGUCCCAUCCUAACAUUGUAGCCUUUCACCGCGCCUUCUCUUUUGGCGAGAGCACCUAUGUCGUCCUCGAACUCUGCUCCAGCGGUUCGCUUGCCGACAUGCUGAAGCGUCGCAAAAACAUCACUAUGCCCGAAAUCCGUCGCUUUAUCAUUCAAGUCUCCGGAGCUGUCAAAUAUCUACACGCCCGCAACAUUGUACACCGCGACCUCAAAACCGGAAAUCUGUUUCUGGAUGAGAAGAUGAACAUCAAGGUUGGCGACUUUGGUCUCGCUGCCUUGCUUGUCAGUGGAAAAGAUAUGGACGCCAAGCGACGAACCACAAUGUGCGGCACUCCAAACUAUCUGGCCCCGGAGAUCCUGGAGAAGGGCAAGGGUCACAGUGAGAAGGUUGAUCUGUGGGCUAUCGGAAUCAUCGCAUACACUCUUGCCGUAGGAAGGGCUCCAUUCCACGCAUCAUCCAAGGAAGAAAUAUACAAGAAACUGAAAGCUGGCGAUUAUUCAUGGCCCGAAUUAUCCUCAAUCACGAACGAAAUUUCCGCAGACUUACGCGAUCUGGUUUCGUCUCUAUUAGUCUCGGAAGAACUGCGACCUUCUCCUGAUCAGAUUGUGUCUCAUCCUUUCUUCAAAAUCGCCUUCGUUCCUAGACAGAUGAGUCGCGCCCAAGUCAGCAAAGUUCCUUCAUGGCCCAAUGUGCAACCGCCGAGUCCAGAAGUGCUCGAGAGAGGCUACAGCGAAUCGUGGUGGUACGUCUGCAAGGAGUCUGGAGUUGGCGAGUAUGCACCAGGCAAGUGCUUCCAGCUCAACGCAGGCAAGAAAAUUCGAAGUAUUGUUAGGGACAUCGAGAGAGAGGUUGCCGCAGGUCGUCAACCAGUUAUUCCCAUUCCAUCAGACACGGUUUAUACGUCGCCAAAUUGCAACAGUAUUGAUGCCUUCCAGCCCAGGAACGCAUUGACAGGAAUUGCAGAGGAGCGCGAACCCGACACGAGGCAGCUCAAGGAAAUAUCCCAUAACGAAGUCCAGCCGGGAUCCAAGGAAAGCAGCGCAGACGAGACAAAGAAAAAGAAGGAUACUGAGCUCAUGCCACCUCCUCCGCGUAUCAGACGAGCCGGUCCUAUUCGAAAGACGCGCACGAUUACUGAUGAGAAGGAAGAAAGUGCUCCCGAGUCGACUCGUCAGUCAUCUCGACUGAACACACUCAGUCAAACUAACACUUUGAGUCAAACUGCAUUCAGUGGCACAAACUUCCUUCCAUCCUCCUCACAGCCUCAGAGUGGCGAGAUAAUCCCGACGUCGAAACGUAGCGUAGAUGCUAGUCUGGCACGACGUCCAAGGGCACCACGAAAGACUCCGUCCGAUCGCGACAUUCCAGCUCUCGCGGAUGCCAUACGUGAUGACUUGGAGAUUGCGCCGCCUAACACGUUCGCCAUCAGAAGCUCCCGAUCAAGAUCGAAACAACCAAGUCAGGAGAUUGUCGAAAUCUUCGACGAACAAGAAAACCUAGGAAGACCGGCUCUCCCACCGCCACCAGCCAUGACCGCAAAACUUCCUGUGCCACGGAGGAGAAACCUUGAUACAUCUUUGACUUUCCCCGGAUCUGACCCGACAGCAGUACUGGAGCGCCUCAAAGCAUUCCGCGACAAUUUAGCCUCAGCGAUAGAAAGAAAGCACCUGGCGCCUUCUCGACGAGUUCCGCAACAACCAUCGAGACCACUGCCAUUCGUUAGUCGAUGGGUGGAUUACAGCAAGAAACAUGGAGUUGGAUAUGUCCUUGACGAUGGGACCGUCGGAUGUGUCAUCAACGGGUCUGCUGCAAGUGGGACACCAGUGACCCAUGUGGCGGUCAAGAACGGAGAGCGUUGGCUCGCGCGUAUAGGAAAGCGCUUCGAGCAUUUAGAACGCGUGCCAUUCAGGAUGUUUGAAGACCAUGGAGCUGCUGGACUCGAAAGACUCAAUCUCGCCACGAGGGACGAGAAAACAAGAGAGCGGUUGCGAAUGCUGCGUGUCCUCUGGGUGAAGUUUGGAAGAUAUAUGAGCCAGACGCUCAACGGGACUGAGGCCGCAGACUGUGCGGAUGAAGCUCCAGAUGCAGAGUCAGAUCUGUUGUUUGUUCGAUUUUACCAAAGAUCGGGCAAUGUCGGCAUAUGGGGGUUCUCGGAUGGUUGCGUACAGCUUCACUUCCCGGAUCACACGAAAUUCGUUCUCUCCGCGGAUGGACUGCAUACUUCUGCAACACUUGUGCCUGUGGAAGGAGUACGCGCGAUUGAAGAGAAACACGACUUGCCAACCAAGCUCCUUAGAGACCGGCAAACUUUGGUGCAUUCAAUUCAUGCGUUGCUCUACGGGUCCCAGCCCGGACGUGGACAGAAGCUCUUUGCUGAAAUGGUCCAAGCCAACAUGGUAGAACAAAAAAUGCACCUGCUGCUCCGGAUACUCGAUCAGUGGAUUGAGGGAGGCGGGCUUGGCUGUACGGAUGUUGGGGAGCAACGUCUACAGUGGCAGGGUUCUUGGGUCAAUGAACACGCUCGCAAGAUUGACUGGGUGACGGUAGGCAGACUUGGAGGUGACGAGGCCGUCACCAAACGAGCCGGAAGGAAGAAGGAUGCUGCCGCCGCGCAACCUGGAGCUAGCGGCGGAAAGCCUCAGGUCAAGAAGGCGGCCUUCGAGUCGACAAAGAAGAAGGAAGUUGGAGUGUCGGAUCUCACGCUUAUCAGCAAGAUUUCCAACGAAGCCAUCAACGACAAUCUGAAGAAGCGAUUCGAGAAUGGCGAGAUCUACACGUAUAUUGGCCAUGUAUUGGUGUCGGUUAAUCCGUUCAAAGACCUUGGCAUCUACACAGACAAAGUGCUCGAUAGCUACAAGGGCAAGAACCGAUUAGAAGUCCCUCCCCACGUCUUCGCCAUCGCCGAAUCCUCAUACUACAACAUGAACGCCUACAAAGAGAACCAAUGUAUCAUCAUUUCUGGAGAGUCGGGUGCUGGAAAGACCGAGGCGGCCAAGCGUAUCAUGCAAUACAUCGCCAACGUGUCCGGUGGCAGCAACUCGUCCAUUCAAGAGACCAAAGACAUGGUGCUGGCUACAAAUCCUCUCCUCGAGUCUUUCGGCAAUGCGAAAACGCUUCGCAACAACAACUCUUCGAGAUUCGGAAAGUACCUGGAGAUACAAUUCAAUGCUCAGGGUGAGCCCGUUGGAGCCAACAUCACAAACUACCUCCUGGAGAAGUCAAGAGUUGUGGGGCAGAUCAUGAACGAGAGAAACUUCCACAUCUUUUACCAGUUCACAAAGGCUUGCUCCGAGAACUACAGGCAGACCUUCGGUAUUCAGCAGCCCCAGUCCUAUGUUUACACCAGCGCGUCCAAAUGCUACGACGUCCCAGGAAUUGACGACCACGCUGAAUUCAAGGACACGUUGAACGCUAUGAAGGUCAUUGGUCUGUCGCAAGCCGAGCAAGACGACAUCUUCCGCAUGCUCGCUGCCAUUCUUUGGCUUGGAAACUGUACUUUCUCCGAGGACGACCAAGGAAACGCCGCGAUUGCAGACCAAUCUGUGGUUGACUUUGUCGCCUAUCUAUUGGAAGUGGACUCUGCUCAUGUCAACAAGGCUCUGACCAUCAGAGUCAUGGAGACUAGCCGCGGUGGUCGAAGAGGAUCGGUCUAUGACGUCCCCCUCAACCCGGCACAAGCGACCUCUGUCAGGGACGCCCUCGCUAAGGGUAUAUACUACAACCUGUUCGAUUGGAUCGUGCAGAGAGUCAAUCAAUCUCUAAGGGCCAAGGGCGCAAUCUCGCACUCAGUCGGUAUCCUCGAUAUCUAUGGAUUCGAGAUUUUCGAGCGAAACAGUUUUGAGCAACUCUGUAUCAACUAUGUCAACGAGAAGCUGCAGCAAAUUUUCAUUCAGCUGACUCUUAAGGCCGAGCAAGAAGAGUAUGAGCGAGAACAAAUUACGUGGACGCCCAUCAAGUACUUCGACAACAAAGUAGUGUGCGAAUUGAUCGAGGAGAAGAGACCUCCUGGUGUCUUUGCAGCUCUUAACGAUGCUUGUGCUACUGCUCACGCUGAUCCGACAGCUGCCGACGGUACCUUCGUGCAGCGUCUGAACGCUUUGUCCUCGAAUCCCAAUUUCCAGCCACGACAAGGUCAAUUCGUCAUCAAGCACUAUGCUGGUGAUGUUGCUUAUGCUGUGGAGGGAAUGACAGACAAGAACAAGGAUCAGCUGUUAAAGGACAUUCUCAAUCUCUGUGGCCAGAGUUCGAACAACUUUGUACAUACACUUUUCCCUAACCAAGUUGACCAAGACAACAAGCGCAGACCACCAACCGCUGGUGACAGAAUCAAGGCCUCUGCGAACGAUCUGGUAUCGACUUUGAUGAAGGCAUCGCCCUCAUACAUCCGUACGAUCAAGCCAAACGAGAACAAGUCACCCACCGAGUACAAUACUGGAAACGUCAUGCAUCAAAUCAAGUAUCUGGGUCUUCAGGAGAACGUCCGUAUUCGACGCGCUGGUUUCGCAUACAGACAAACAUUUGACAAGUUUGUGGAACGCUUCUAUCUUCUCUCACCAAAGACGAGUUAUGCUGGAGAUUACACCUGGACUGGCGACGCCAAAUCGGGCGUCAAGCAGAUUCUCAAAGACAGCAGUAUCCCCGUUGAGGAAUACCAGAUGGGUGUCACAAAGGCUUUCAUCAAGACCCCGGAGACCUUGUUCGCGUUGGAGACUAUGCGUGACAGGUAUUGGCACAAUAUGGCCAUUAGAAUCCAACGAGCUUGGCGCAACUACCUUCGAUACAGAAUUGAGUGCGCGACACGUAUCCAGAGGUUCUGGAGACGCAAGACUGGUGGUAUGGAGUUUAUCCAGCUGCGUGACCAGGGCCACCAGGUACUGGGAGGCCGCAAGGAACGCAGACGUUACUCUCUUAUCGGUUACAGAAGAUUCAUGGGAGACUAUCUCGGCAUUGGAAACGAUGGUGGGUCUGGAGAGAUGAUCAGAAAGUCGAUCAAUCUGCCCAGCUCUGAUCAAGUGCUGUUCUCUUGUCGUUGCGAGCUGCUCGUUUCUAAGCUCGGUCGCUCGAGCAAGCCAGAACCCCGGUUCCUAAUCUUGACCAACAAAAAUGUCUAUCUCGUCAAGCAGGCUAUCCUCAACAAGCAGCUACAGAUCAUGGCCGAGCGUACAAUUGCCAUUGGUGCGAUCAAGUUUGUCAGCGCGUCUACUCUCAAGGAUGAUUGGUUCUCGAUUGGUGCCGGUUCUCCUCAGGAGCCCGACCCGUUGGUGAACUGCAUCUUCAAGACCGAGUUCUUCACAAUGUUAAAGCAAGUAUCGCGUGGUACCGUUGAUGUCCGCAUCGCUGAGACAAUAAGCUACAACAAGAAGCCUGGUAAACUUGCGACCGUCAAAGUUGUCAAAGAUCAGACUGUGGCUCGCGAUGAUCUGUACAAGAGUGGUACUGUCCAUGUCGGGCCGGGUGAGCCACCCAACUCGGUGUCUAAGCCAACGCCAAAGGCCAAAUCAAUCCCCGGUAAACCUAUCACCAGUGGUAAACUCCUCAGACCUGGAGGUCCUGGCGGCCAGCCGUCAAAACUUGCUGCACGUCCAGCACCUCAAUCUCGACCUGCCGCUAUGCAGCAGAAACCAGUCCCUGCACCUGUCGCCGCACUAAACGGUACUGGUCAUGCGCGUACGGCUUCGGCAGGUACAGCCCGAGCUCCUCCGCCGCCGCCGCCGCCACCACCUGCAGCUGCCACGCCGAAAGAACCACAAUUCAAGGCUAUGUACGACUUCGCUGGACAGACUGCUGGCGAGCUAAGCCUCACCAAGGGUGAGGUCAUUCUAGUGACUCAAAAGGAAAACAAUGGUAUGUUACUGGAACCGAAUCAAGGAGUAGCCGCUAAUGAACAUUUAGGAUGGUGGCUUGCAAAACGAAUGGACGAGUCGGCAUCAGGAUGGGCGCCAUCGGCGUAUCUGGAAGAAGUGAUAGCCAAACCCGCACCUCCGCCCCCACCACCAGUGCAGGCACGCUCAAUGCCUCCCGCGCCGCCCAAGGCCAAUGGCGCACCCGCAGGCAAGAAGAUGGCACCUCCCCCACCAGCGAAGCGGCCCGCAGGUCGUAAACCGGCACCCUCUGCCCCGGGUGGUGGCGGCAGUGGUACAGACAGUGGCACCUCGACUCCGCCGACCGGCGGGUUGGCUGGCGGAUUGGCAGAAGCGCUCAGAGCACGGUCUAAAGCAAUGAGACAAAAUGACGAGGAGGACUGGUAA